UCGGCGGGCAGGGGUCUGACACCCCGACCCUAGGCUCCGACGCGCGAUACAGACGGGAUGGCCUCGGAAGUGGUGUGCGGGCUCGUCUUCAGGCUGCUGCUGCCCAUCUGCCUGGCAGUAGCAUGUGCAUUCCGAUACAAUGGACUCUCCUUUGUCUACCUCAUCUACCUCUUGCUCAUUCCUCUGUUCUCAGAACCAACAAAAACUACAAUGCAAGGACAUACAGGACGCUUGUUAAAGUCUCUUUGCUUCACCAGUCUUUCUUUCCUGUUGCUUCACAUCAUUUUUCACAUCACAUUGGCUAGUCUUGAAGCUCAACACCGCAUUGCACCUGGUUACAACUGUUCAACCUGGGAGAAAACAUUUCGGCAGAUAGGCUUUGAAAGCUUAAAAGGUGCUGAUGCUGGCAAUGGAAUCAGAGUAUUUGUACCUGAUAUCGGCAUGUUCAUUGCAAGUCUCACCAUCUGGCUCAUCUGUAGAAACAUUGUUCAGAAACCAGUGACAGAAGAAGCCGUACAGUAUAACUCGGAGUUUGAAAAUGAAGAAUUGGUAGAGGGAGAAAAAAUAGAUCCCGAAGAGGCGCUGAUUUAUGAAGAAGAUUUAGAUGAUGGAGCUGGUGUUGAAAGGGAGUUGGAAGAAAGCACAAAAUUAAAAAUGUUCCGCAGGCUCGCCUCUGUGGCGUCCAAGCUUAAGGAGUUUAUCGGCAACAUGAUAACCACUGCAGGAAAGGUGGUUGUGACCAUUUUACUGGGGUCAUCAGGGAUGAUGCUGCCAUCUUUGACUUCAUCUGUGUAUUUCUUUGUAUUUUUGGGUCUGUGCACUUGGUGGUCCUGGUGCCGGACCUUUGAUCCAUUGUUGUUCAGCUGCCUCUGUGUUCUACUGGCUAUUUUCACUGCGGGACACCUGAUUGGACUUUAUUUAUACCAGUUUCAGUUCUUCCAAGAAGCGGUUCCACCUAAUGACUACUAUGCUAGGUUGUUUGGUAUCAAAUCAGUUAUUCAAACAGACUGUUCUAGCACUUGGAAGAUCAUAGCAAACCCAGACCUGUCGUGGUAUCAUCAUGCCAACCCCAUCCUCCUGCUGGUGAUGUACUAUACGUUGGCAACUCUGAUUCGCAUCUGGCUUCAGGAACCCCUCGUGCUGGAGGAGAAGACCAAGGAAGAGGACAGGUCACUGGCCUGCAGUCCCAUCCAGAUCACUGCAGACAGGAGGCGCAGCCUGUGGUAUGCUACGCAUUACCCGACCGACGAAAGAAAACUUUUGUCAAUGACCCAAGAUGACUACAAACCAUCUGAUGGCCUUCUGGUGACUGUGAAUGGCAAUCCCGUGGAUUACCACACCAUCCACCCCAGUCUGCCCAUUGAGAAUGGGCCUGCCAAAGCCGACCUGUACUCCACCCCGCAGUACCGCUGGGAGCCCUCUGAUGACACCUCGGAAAAAAAAGAGGAGGAAGAGGAUGACAAAGAGGAAUAUGAAGAGGAAAGAAGCUUUGAGGAGAAGAAAAGUGUUAAAGUUCAUGCCAUGGUCUCUGUGUUCCAGUUUAUUAUGAAACAAAGUUACAUCUGUGCCCUUAUUGCUAUGAUGGCUUGGAGCAUCACCUAUCACAGCUGGUUGACUUUCGUGUUGUUGAUUUGGUCCUGCACUCUUUGGAUGAUUCGUAACAGAAGAAAAUAUGCCAUGAUCAGCUCUCCUUUCAUGGUUGUUUAUGGAAAUCUGUUGCUGAUAUUGCAAUAUAUAUGGAGUUUUGAACUUCCUGAAAUUAAAAAGGUCCCAGGAUUUUUGGAAAAGAAAGAGCCAGGAGAACUUGCCUCAAAAAUACUUUUCACCAUUACUUUUUGGCUGCUGCUAAGGCAGCAUCUUACAGAGCAAAAAGCUCUUCAAGAAAAGGAAGCUCUUUUAUCUGAGGUCAAAAUCGGCGAAAGUCAAGAAAGUGAAGAAAAAGAUGAUGAGCAGGACAUCAAAGUGGAAGGGGAAACUGAAAAGAAGGAUGAGGAAGAGAGAGCUAAGGAAGAGAAGCAUGAGGAAGAGGAAGCUAAGGAAGAGAAGCAAGAAAGAAUAAAGGAAGAGGAAGCAGAAAUGGAUGAAGAUGAUGACCAGGACAUCAUGAAGGUGUUGGGCAAUUUGGUGGUGGCCAUGUUCAUCAAGUACUGGAUCUAUGUCUGUGGAGGAAUGUUCUUCUUUGUCAGCUUUGAGGGUAAAAUUGUGAUGUACAAGAUCAUCUACAUGGUGCUGUUUCUGUUCUGUGUGGCCUUAUAUCAGGUACAUUAUGAAUGGUGGAGACGAAUGCUAAAAUAUUUUUGGAUGUCAGUGGUUAUUUACACGAUGCUGGUGCUUAUCUUUAUCUAUACAUAUCAGUUUGAAAACUUCCCAGGCCUAUGGCAAAAUAUGACUGGGCUGAAAAAAGAAAAGCUCGAGGAUCUUGGUUUAAAACAGUUUACUGUGGCAGAACUAUUCACACGCAUAUUCAUCCCCACCUCCUUUCUGCUAGUGUGCAUUUUACACCUUCACUAUUUUCAUGAUCGGUUCCUCGAACUCACAGACCUGAAGUCCAUUCCCAGAAAAGAAGACAGCGCCAUCUACAGCCACGCCAAAGUUAAUGGGCGUGUCUAUCUAAUUAUAAAUAGCAUCAAGAAAAAAUUACCAAUCCACCAAAAUGAACUGGCUCACCCAGAAGGAAGCCUCCCAGACCUCACCAUGAUGAAUUACACAGCCAGCCUGGAGAAGCUGGAAAUGAAGAAGUUGACAGAUCCUGAGGAGGAAAAGCUAGAAGGUUUCUCUGAAAAAGAGGAGAAGGGGGAGCUGGAGAAAGACAGUGAGGAUGAGGAAGAAGAGGUGGAAGAGGAAGAAGAAGAGACAUCAGAUUUGAGGAACAAAUGGCAUUUGGUGAUUGACCGCCUCACUGUGCUCUUCUUAAAAUUCCUGGAGUAUUUUCACAAGCUACAAGUGUUCAUGUGGUGGAUUUUAGAGCUGCACAUCAUCAAAAUUGUAUCAUCAUACAUUAUCUGGGUUACAGUGAAAGAGGUGUCCCUAUUCAAUUAUGUAUUUUUGAUUUCUUGGGCUUUUGCUCUGCCAUAUGCCAAGCUACGCCGUCUGGCUUCAAGUGUCUGCACUGUCUGGACAUGUGUGAUCAUCGUCUGCAAAAUGUUAUACCAGCUUCAAACCAUUAAUCCUGAGAACUUUUCAGUUACCUGUACCUGGCCAAAUGAAAAUCAAACAAAUAUACCACUCAACCAGCUGAACAUGUCUCUGCUGUACAGUGCUCCUAUCGAUCCAACGGAGUGGGUUGGCCUGAGAAAGUCUUCCCCUUUGCUGGUCUACCUAAGGAAUAAUCUCCUGAUGUUGGCCAUUCUGGCCUUCGAGGUCACAAUUUACCGUCAUCAGGAAUACUAUCGAGGGCGGAACAACCUGACAGCCCCGGUGUCUAAAACCAUCUUCCAUGACAUUACACGGCUCCAUUUAGAUGAUGGAAUUGUUAAUUGUGCCAAAUAUUUCAUAAAUUACUUCUUUUACAAGUUUGGUCUGGAGACCUGUUUCCUAAUGUCAGUAAAUGUAAUUGGUCAGCGAAUGGAUUUCUAUGCCAUGAUUCAUGCCUGCUGGCUGAUCGCUGUCUUGUAUCGACGCAGAAGAAAAGCCAUCGCAGAGGUCUGGCCCAAGUACUGCUGCUUCCUAGCGUGUAUAAUCACCUUCCAGUAUUUUGUCUGCAUAGGCAUCCCUCCUGCCCCUUGCAGAGAUUAUCCAUGGAGAUUCAAAGAUGCCAACUUCAAUAACAACAUCAUAAAGUGGCUGUAUUUCCCAGACUUCAUUGUACGGCCCAACCCUGUGUUUCUCGUCUAUGACUUCAUGCUCCUUCUCUGCGCCUCCUUACAAAGGCAGAUUUUUGAGGAUGAAAAUAAAGCAGCAGUGCGAAUCAUGGCAGGGGACAAUGUCGAGAUUUGCAUGAACCUUGAUGCAGCCUCCUUCAGCCAGCAUAAUCCUGUGCCAGAUUUCAUUCACUGCAGGUCUUACUUAGACAUGUCCAAAGUGAUCAUCUUCAGCUACCUCUUUUGGUUUGUCCUCACUAUCAUCUUCAUCACUGGGACAACCAGAAUCAGCAUCUUUUGCAUGGGCUACUUGGUGGCCUGCUUCUAUUUCCUGCUCUUUGGGGGUGAUUUGCUAUUGAAACCCAUCAAGAGCAUCCUGCGCUACUGGGACUGGCUGAUUGCAUACAAUGUUUUCGUGAUCACAAUGAAAAACAUACUGUCAAUAGGAGCAUGUGGAUACAUUGAGCACUUGGUUAAAAAUAGCUGUUGGUUGAUUCAGGCUUUCAGCCUGGCUUGUACGGUUAAAGGCUAUAAAAUGCCUAAUCCUGAUAUGUCAUGUAAACUUCCCAGUGGUGAGGCAGGAAUUAUUUGGGACAGCAUAUGUUUUGCAUUCCUCCUGUUGCAGAGAAGAGUUUUCAUGAGUUACUAUUUCCUACAUGUUGUAGCUGAUAUAAAAGCCUCACAGAUUCUGGCAUCAAGAGGGGCGGAGCUCUUCCAGGCCACAAUUGUAAAGGCUGUCAAAGCAAGAAUUGAGGAAGAGAAAAAGUCAAUGGACCAGCUGAAGAGGCAGAUGGAUCGCAUCAAGGCCAGACAACAGAAAUACAAAAAGGGUAAGGAGAGGAUGCUGAGCUUGACCCAAGAAUCAGGGGAAGGCCAGGACAUCCAAAAUAUCUCCGAAGAAGAUGAUGAAAGAGAAGCAGACAAACAGAAAGCCAAGGGCAAAAAAAAGCAGUGGUGGCGGCCUUGGGUUGAUCAUGCUUCCAUGGUCAGGAGUGGAGAUUAUUAUUUGUUUGAAACGGAUAGUGAAGAGGAAGAAGAAGAAGAAUUAAGAAAGGAAGAUGAAGAACCUCCACGAAAGUCAGCCUUCCAGUUCGUUUACCAAGCCUGGAUCACAGACCCUAAAACAGCACUCCGACAGAGGCGCAAAGAGAAAAGGCGAAAUGCAAGAGAAGAACAGAAGAGAAGGAGGAAGGCAUCUGGGGGUGGUCCCGCGGAGUGGGAAGACCGAGAGGAGGAAAUGGUCAAAAAGAAAUCUGAUGGACCAGAUAAUAUCAUCAAGAGGAUAUUUAAUAUUUUGAAAUUUACCUGGGUUCUGUUUCUGGCCACGGUGGACAGCUUCACGACUUGGCUUAACUCCAUCUCAAGGGAGCACAUUGAUAUCUCGACAGUUCUGAGAAUUGAAAGGUGCAUGCUGACUAGAGAAAUUAAAAAGGGCAACGUUCCCACUCGGGAGAGCAUCCACAUGUACUAUCAGAACCACAUCAUGAAUCUUUCCAGAGAGUCAGGACUGAACACAAUUGAUGACCAUCCUGGCCCCUCUUCAGGGGCCCAGACAGCCCACAGGAUGGAUAGCUUAGACUCACAUGACAGUAUCUCCAGUGAGCCCACGCAGUGCACCCUGCUCUACUCACGCCAGGGGACCACAGAAACUAUAGAGGAGGUGGAGACCGAGCAGGAUGAGGAGGCAGGGGCCAUCGCAGGCCCUGAAGAGGGAGCAGGAACUGAGAUGGAUGUAGGCCCUGAGGAGGGUGCUGAAGAGGAGGAGGUGGGCCUCACCCCUGACACAGAGUUGCUCCAAUACUCCACUGAGGAGGGUGAUGUGGAGGUGCCCCCCUCCUACAGCAAGGCAGUCAGCUUUGAGCACCUGUCCUUCGGCUCUCCAGAUGGCUGUGGAGGUCAGAACCACAUGGCAGUCAGCCCUGAUGACAGUCGUUCCGACAGGCUGGACUUCGGCAUCCUGCCCACUCUGACUCACGAACUGACAGCCAGCGAGUUACUGCUGAACAAGAUGUUCCGUGAUGAUGAGCUUGAAGAAUCUGAGAAAUUCUAUGUUGGCCAGCCCCGGUUCUUACUCCUGUUCUAUGCCAUGUACAAUACUCUGGUGGCCCGCUCAGAGAUGGUGUGCUAUUUUGUGAUUAUCCUCAACCACAUGGUCUCUGCCUCCAUUAUUACCCUUGUGCUUCCCAUUCUGAUCUUUCUCUGGGCCAUGCUGUCUGUCCCUCGACCUAGCAGACGGUUCUGGAUGAUGGCCAUUAUCUAUACAGAGGUAGCAAUUGUGGUCAAAUACUUCUUCCAAUUUGGGUUCUUUCCCUGGAAUAAGAAUGUGGAAAUAACCAAAGAUAAACCUUACCACCCACCUAAUAUCAUAGGAGUGGAAAAGAAGGAAGGUUAUGUUCUUUAUGAUCUCAUUCAGCUGCUGGCUCUUUUCUUCCACCGAUCAAUUUUGAAGUGUCAUGGUUUGUGGGAUGAGGAUGACAUCAUCGAUACUGGCACGGAAAAGGAGGAAUCAGAUGAUGAGCUCUCACUCAGUCAUGGACGAAGAGCGUCCUCGGAUUCUCUGAAAUCCAUUAACUUGGCUGCCUCUGUGGAGUCUGUGCAUGUGUCCUUCCCGGAGCAGCCUACAGCCAUCCGGAGAAAACGCUCAGACUGCAGUUCCCAGAUUUCUCCAGGGUCCAGCUUUUCUUCAACUAAGUCCAAAAGAGGAAGCACCAGCUCCCAAAACAGCAGUCAAAAAGGAAGCAGUAUUUUGAGUAUCAAACAAAAGAACAAAAGACAACUCUACAUGGAGAAGCUUCAAGAACAUUUUAUGAAAGCCAAAGCAUUUACCUUAAAGAAGACCCUACAUAUAUAUGUGCCCAUCAGACAGUUCUUUUACAACCUCAUCCACCCAGACUACAGUGCUGUGACUGAUGUGUAUGUGCUCAUGUUCCUGGCUGACACAGUUGACUUUAUCAUCAUCGUCUUUGGCUUUUGGGCCUUUGGGAAACACUCAGCGGCUGCAGACAUCACCUCUUCGCUCUCGGAAGAUCAGGUCCCUGGACCAUUUUUAGUGAUGGUCCUCAUUCAGUUUGGAACCAUGGUGGUGGACCGGGCACUCUACCUUAGAAAGACUGUCCUGGGAAAGGUCAUCUUCCAGGUCAUUCUUGUGUUUGGAAUUCACUUCUGGAUGUUCUUUAUCUUGCCUAUUGUGACCGAGAGGAAAUUCAGUCAGAAUCUGGUUGCUCAGCUUUGGUACUUUGUGAAAUGUGUUUACUUUGGCUUGUCUGCUUACCAAAUUCGAUGUGGCUACCCAACACGGGUCCUCGGGAAUUUCCUCACAAAGAGCUACAAUUAUGUCAAUCUCUUCCUAUUUCAAGGGUUCCGCCUCGUCCCAUUUCUGACUGAGCUGAGGGCCGUGAUGGACUGGGUGUGGACAGACACAACCCUGAGCCUCUCCAGCUGGAUCUGUGUGGAGGACAUCUAUGCUCAUAUAUUCAUCCUCAAGUGUUGGCGGGAGUCAGAAAAAAGAUACCCACAGCCCCGGGGGCAGAAGAAGAAGAAGGUGGUGAAGUAUGGCAUGGGGGGCAUGAUCAUCGUCCUGCUCAUCUGUAUUGUCUGGUUUCCUCUUCUCUUCAUGUCCUUGAUCAAAUCCGUUGCUGGGGUGAUCAAUCAGCCCCUGGAUGUCUCUGUCACGAUUACCCUGGGAGGGUAUCAGCCUAUUUUUACAAUGAGUGCCCAGCAAAGCCAGUUGAAAGUGAUGGACCAGCAAGAGUUUAAUAAAUUUAUGAAAGCCUUUGCUUCUGACACAGGUGCUAUGCAAUUUCUGGAAAAUUAUGAAAAAGAAGACAUAACAGUAGCAGAACUGGAAGGAAACUCAAAUUCUUUGUGGACCAUCAGCCCUCCCAGUAAGCAGAAAAUGAUAAGCGAACUCCUGGACCCCAGUAGUAGCUUCUCUGUUGUUUUUUCAUGGAGUAUUCAGAGAAACAUGAGUCUGGGUGCAAAAGCAGAAAUAGCAACAGAUAAGCUUUCAUUUACUCUUACAAAUAACACUCGGGAGAAUAUAGCUAAGAUGAUAUCUGGCAAUGACACAGAAAGUUCAAAAACACCAGUAACUAUUGAGAGAAUCUACCCAUAUUACGUGAAAGCACCGAGUGAUUCUAACUCAAAACCAAUAAGACAACUUUUAUCUGAUAAUAAUUUUAUGAAUAUCACCAUCAUUUUGUCCAGAGACAAUGCAACUGAAUCUAAUAGUGAGUGGUGGGUUCUCAAUCUGACUGGAAACAGAAUAUACAAUAAGCAUGCUCAGUCUUUGGAACUGGUGGUCUUCAAUGACAAAGUCAGUCCCCCUAGUCUAGGGUUCCUGGCUGGCUACGGUAUCAUGGGACUGUAUGCUUCAGUGGUCCUUGUAAUUGGAAAGUUUGUCCGUGAAUUCUUCAGUGGAAUUUCUCACUCCAUCAUGUUUGAAGAGCUUCCAAACGUAGAUCGAAUUUUGAAAUUAUGCACAGAUAUUUUUUUAGUUCGAGAGACGGGAGAACUGGAAUUAGAGGAAGACCUCUAUGCCAAAUUAAUAUUCCUGUACCGUUCACCAGAAACCAUGAUCAAAUGGACUAGAGAAAAGACAAAUUGAUACUUUUUGACACAGAGACUGCAAGUCAAGUUAACAUUUUUCAACAAAAGAAGAAAAGAGAAAAAGCACAAUAUUCUCCUCAGAGCUGAGCAGUUUUUGUUCAAUGGAAAUGAUUUCUUCUCUGGAAGGUGGCCCAAAGGAGUUGACAGCUUUUGGUAGCCAGUUAACUUUGAACAUUGGAAGCACUGUUAAAAAAUUAUUUGUAAUUCCAUUUCUCUGAAAUCAGGGCUACUUGCUUUAUGUUUUAGUCAACAGUGUGUUUUGCAUUCUGGUUGACUCUGUGAAGUUGUUCCUCAGAGAGACAGAGGAAAAGGAGAAGUAACUUCCUGUGUGACUGUGAGCCCUUUCUGUAAAGAUGAUAUCGUUCGAAUUACAGAUCUCUGUCACUGGUGGGGAAGCUGCUAUUGAGAACAGACGGGCCCUCAGCACACC